CUUAUUGACUAUAAAAAUGUGGUAGAUAUUUCGAGUUUAUAACUACGUACAGUUAAUUGUAUAUCGAGUAACAAACGUGGAAAAUGUAAAUAAAAUUCAACGGAAUACCCUGGCAGGUUUUUCCCUUCAUUAAAUUCAUAUAUAUGAUAUACGAUCAUUUGUAUUAGAUACUAUACUGUUUGUAAUCAAAAUGAAAUUGGGUAGAAUUGAAUCAACGAAACGAUCGCGGAACAGAUUGAAGGAAACAUUCGUCGGUGACCGUCCGUGAAUAAAUAAUUAAUGACAUCAAAUUAAUUAAAGUUCAAUGCCUCUCGGCAGUAAACCCGAAUGUGUGAAGUGUGGGACUCAAGAGACCCCACUUUGGCACUCAACCGAAGCCGGUAACCUUUGUAAUGCCUGUCUCGAAGAAGAAAGAAGUUCUGAGACGAAUCCGAACGUUAGAAACGAAGAGGAGGAUAAAGCAGGAUCACUGAAGCCUACCAGAAGGAGUACAAGAAUAACAAGAUACUGCAAUUCAAAGUCUGCUCUUCCACACAAAGUAGUCCCUAAAGGAAAAGGACGAAGAAAUUUAUUUAAAAAAACUCCGGUUAAAGCACCAACAGCUACAGCAACUCCGGUUACAAGUAAUUUUGUAUUUUACAAAGGUACUUACUUUCAAGUGGGUGAUAUAGUUUCUAUGCAAGAUAUUGAUGGAGGAAUUUAUUAUGCUCAAAUUCGUGGUUUACUCACAGAUCAAUAUUGUGAGAAAAGUGCUGCUGUUACUUGGCUCUUACCUACCACAUCAAGCCCACCACCAGAUAAAGGAUUUAGUCCUGAAACAUAUAUUAUAGGUCUAGAAGAAGAUCUUCCACGCAAACUGGAAUGUAUGGAAUUUGUAAUGCAUGCACCAUCAGAUUACUACAAAUUAAAAAAUACACCAUAUCCACCACCACUGACAGAAAGAGGUACUGGAUAUAUAUGGACUACACUUAGAAAUGAAAUUACUACAUCUAAAAAAUAA